AUGGAUGUCCGAUCGCUUUUGAAUCCUCCAGAUGAGGGAGAGAGGAAAGUGAUUGCUGCCGUUGCAUCAACAGAGAAGAUAUCUCAGCCUCCAUCAAUAACCCAAGGCCAGAUCAAUUUUCCACACAGGGAGCAAAUGACAACUGUGGAUGCAACCUGCUGCCCCCAUGAACGCGCUGAAAAAAGAUAUGAAUGCUCGGUGAACACCUUGAGAAACCCAGCGCCUUCCACCCCAACAGGCAAGAAACGGUCCGCCGCUGUCGUCGAAGAUGAGGAGCGUCGAAUUUCAGUGGGCUAUUCACAUGGCAAUGCCUCUGGUGAAAACCAGCCCUGGGGUGGUUCUCAUAUUCAAACUGGAAACACUGAACAUCUGCGAACACACUAUGAUUUUACAAUAUCAAACCCGGAUGCUCCAGCGACGCCGGGGUUCCUUCCCACUCCCACUCCGGUUCAAAUUACCCCUGCUCCUGCCACAGUAUCUAGCACCCUAUUUCCUGAUGGUUGGGUGCCAGACCCAUAUGUCUCACCUCAGUUGGAGGAUGUUUUGAAAUUUAAAACUGCCUCAUUGGGCGUUCCGCAUGACCCCGAACCACCAGAAACAACUAUCAUGAUUCACCAUUAUGAUGUUGAGGAGUUGCCAUUCGAGAUAUUGACGUCAGAAGCUGCCAGAAUAUACGAUGUUAUUUUGACAACCGAAAUGGGAUGUCUUGCAGAAGAUGCAAAUAUCUCAUGUGUUGGAAAGUUGAGUGAAAACCAGUGGAUCAAUCUGGUCAAAUGGCAUCGAAGCCUCAUUGAUCACCACUAUGAUUUACUCAUAUGUACGCAACAUCCAAUCACCAACGGAGAAAUUUUGGAGAUUCCUGUUAAAUAUAACAUGCCGUCACGCAUGCUGCACCAAGGAAUCUAUGCCUUGCUAAAAAUCAUGAAAGCUCGACGACCGGACAGUCAUGAUUACAUGAUUUCCUUCAUCUACUAUGCGUACGGCCUAUUGACGCUGCUUAUAGAUAUGGUCCCCGGAUUAAAAAAUUUGUGGCUUGAAUGUCUUGGUGACCUGACCAGCUACAUGAUGUGUCUUGAGGAUACGGAUUCUGAUGAGAGGGAGACCUGGAAUGAAAUUUCAUCGAGUUGGUAUCACAAGGCCCUUGAUGAGAACCCUGGAAAGGGAAGUCUCUACCACCGACUUGGUAAUCUUUCAAAACCCAACAUGGGUGGGCAAUUGUUCUGUUACUCCAGGUCUCUUAUGGCAACCAAACGAUACGAAAGGUCAAAGAGCUCCGUUGAGUCUGCCUUUAACAUGGCAUUGGACUCAAUUCAGAAGCAGAAUGUCACCCCGCCAGACUUACCAUCUUGGUUUGUGGGCUCGCAUGCUAUGCUUCUUCGCGGUGGUUCAAUCCACAAGUUCAUUGAGUAUGUGAACAAGUACAUUGCCCUUUUUGACACCGAGAUUGAGCAACGGACUUUCAAAUUCGGGGAAUCAACAAUCUGCGUGGGAAUCCCCAACAUCGCUGCAAUGUUACAAUAUGGCGAGGAGGAUGGCACUCUUACAAGAAUGUUUAUAGACUCUCAAAAGCUGAGCUGGGAGGCUAGGUUACAGCACGCUGAACAGUACUGGCUCCAGCUCCCUUCAGAACCUUCGCAAAACACUCUGAAAGAUGGCAUUCCUUCUGACGCUGCAACUUUCUCUACCCCCUUGGAGAAACUUACUUACAGCACAUAUCUAAAUUUUCAUACCCUCUCUUUUGUUCUUCAGCGUGCCCGGGGCGAAAAUAUUUUUCCUUAUGUCCACCUUUCCCUGGCGUUUAUUUUGAGCCUGGCAUUGAUUCCGGAAUCGAUGGCGUAUGUGGAAGGGGAAAUUCCGUGGACAAAGAUCACUAUCUUUCUGAACAUGUUAAGCCGCGAAUCUGUCAGCGAAUCCCGGCUUGAAAGUGUCAACUUCCCGAUCCCAACUGAAACGGAAUUCCCCCAAUUACCAGAGGAUUUCCUCUUUCGAAGCCAGAUAUGGUCACAAAUAGUAUAUCCACCUGAUUUCUUCACAAAUGCUACCAUGGAGGACCACAGCGGUGGCAUAGACAUGCCCAGCACUCAAUCAGCCCGCAACGAGCGCUGUCUAUGGUAUGGAUAUCGUCUGGCAUCGUACGGCCGCUGGAUUCAGUUAUUAGAGGAAAACGCCGGGAAGAAAUUUAGACCUACACAUUAUGCCACCCAACUCGAAACGGCUGCUAUACAUCCUAAAGUGUUUAGACAGCCUCAAAUGGAUGUCCCUACCUCCUUGUGUACCUCCCUGCUUAUCGCAGCCAUGAACGACAGGAUAGGCGACAUGGAACACUCGAAGUUGUUUGAAAAGAACCUUGGAAAUGCACUAGACCGAUUGUCCUACGAAAUAUGCGACGCCGGCCGCGACGACAGCGACAUCACUAGACUUCAAGACAUCUAUCAAACGCUUGAAUUGAAUAUUCUAAGAGCAAGGUCGAGGAUGCCAGAAUACUCAAAGAAUGCACCAUGGACGAAACAGAAGCGCCGCUGGAUUCAGUUAUGCAAGGAAAACGGCGUGAAGAAAUUGAAGGUGGAAAGCAUCAUUGAUAUUGGCGCUCUGGGCGAUCCGCUAGGCAACGCCACGACCGUCACCGCAGCUGUCAACGGUUCGCCAAGGCAAAAGCUUAAUUUAACCACACCACACCAAGGAAGAUGCGCCAGGUAA